AUGUUCGAACGCCGCGACAUCAUCUCCGUCGGCGUUCUCUUCCAGGAGUAUUUCUCCAUUACCCUCGCCACCUGCGACGGCGCAGUCGAUUACGUGGGGCGCAUGCAGGAGGUAGCCGAUCGCCUUGCAGCUCGCCAGGCUGCCCUCCCCGAGCCCCUGCGGAUUCAUCGUCUGCUCUUCAACCUCACGUCGGAUUACGAGUCCCGUCUGCACGCCUUCACCGAGGCAAACUCCUUGGCUGGCCUCAGCGAGGUGGUUCAGUGGAUCAUUGACACGGAGGUCAAGCUCCGCACCCCCAUUGCCAACAUCACCACCCCUCAGUCCUCCUCCUCCACUUCCCUCAAUACCACGCAGCCGCGCAACCCGGGUGGUCGCAACGGCGGUGGAGGGGGUCGUGGAGGGGGUGGGGGUGGUGGUGGUGGUCGGGGUGGUGGUGGCCGUGGUGGCCGUGGUGGCCGUGGCCGUGGCCGUGGCCGUGGUGGUGGUGGUGGUGGUGGUGGUGGUGGUGGUGGUGGUGGUGGUGGUGGUGGUGGUGGUGGUGGUGGUGGUUGUGGUGGUGGUACUGGUGGUACCACUCCUGGAGGUCCCUCUGGUGCUGGUGGAGCUCUGCAGCAGUUUCAGCAGUACCAGCAGCAGCAGCAGUACUUCCCGGAGCAGCAGCAGCCAUAG